UGACUGACCCUCCAGAAAAACGUGACCGGCCAAAACGUUCAUGUAAGUACUUUAUUAAUAUAUUUUAGCCUUAGCUCGUACUGAUAUCAUUAGAUAAGAACUAUGUCUGCAUUUUAAACGAUAAAUUGUGACAAUCGGCUUUUGUUUAAAGUAGCUAUAACAGGUUUAUUUUUGUAGUUCCUAAAAAUAGGCACUUAGGCGCUAUAGACUAUAAACCCAUAUUUUUAUAGUUCCUUUUUUUUAGUCACUUAGGUCGUUAGCUAAAAUGUUUUUCUUUAAAAAAAUAAUAACAGCUGACAAAUAUAUAAUGUAGUUGAUUAUUUAUGUGUUUUUAGGUCAAGGCAAUCAAAACCCUCACUACGAACCAGUCAAUCUAGAUGAUUCUGAGAUUGAGGGCGCGUUAAAUGAUGAUGAUGAAGAAGGGGACUUGUUGAGACACAGAGACCGCUUUUUUGAUGUGAAUGAAGUUAUUGGAAAUUGGAGUGAUGACACCGAUGAAGACCCCACAUACGAGCCUCCCAAUGAGCCGGAUCGUAAGGAAGACACGUCAGAAGAGGAUCCACAACCAGAAGCAAUCCAGCGAAAAGAAGGAAAGAGGAAGAAGGCGCUCACUAAGAAAAAGGGAGAUGGGGCUAAGAAAUCGAGAAAAACGAAAAAUCAGGACAAGGAUUUUUCACCCCCAUGGAGGACAGGACCAUUCAAUCCGACACCUUUGACGAUUGCUCAACCAGCAUACCUACCUAUCGACAGUGAUGACUGGACAGCUGAACAGUAUGUACAGCAGUAUUUCGACGAUGAUAUUCUUAAAAAAAUAGUUGAGAAAUCAAAUCAGAACUACUUGUUGAAAACAGGAAAGGACCUAAAACUAAGACUACCUGAGUUAAAAAUUUGGCUAGGCAUAAACUUUGUGAUUUCAGCUCUACAAGUACCAUUGAUUAGAAUGUGUUGGGAAAAAAAGUGGAGGAUUCCACUUGUAGCAAACAACAUGGCGAGAGAUCGCUUUUUCCUUAUUAGGAACUGGAUAAAACUUGUUUUUGAUAACGAAAUUACAGCAGACGAAAGAAAAGCUGAUAGGCUGUGGAAGGUAAGACCUUUACUUGACCGAAUCUUAGAGGGCUGUUUGAAACAGAACAAACCACAGGAAUUGAGUAUCGACGAGAUGAUAGUGCCUUUUUCUGGAACGUGUCUAGUCAAGCAACACAUACCCAACAAACCCAACCCAACGGGUUUGAAAGUUUAUGUUCUUGCUAAUCCAAACGGAAUUGUUUGUGAUUUUACUGUUUAUCAAGGACCAGCCACAUACGUAGAAAACCCAGAACUUGAGCAAUUCUGGCAGUGUGAAUCAGCUGUCCUUCAGCUUACUAGGUCUUUAGUUCCCGGCCACACAUUGUAUGCCGAUAGAUUUUUCACUUCAGUUAGGCUUGCUGACGAACUCCUGAAAAAAGGUUUUAGAUUAACUGGAACAAUCAGGAAAGACAGAAUUCCCGAAACUACUGACCUUCCAAGUGACAAAGAGUUUAAGAAAGCAAAUGAAAGGGGCACCAGUUUUUGCACUGUAAGAGAAGAAAAAGAUAAAAAUGGAACAAAGACAGAGGGAAAAGUAGCUAUAACAAAGUGGUUAGACAACAACUGUGUAUGUAUGAUAUCUACUGCUGAGUCAAUCGAGCCUUUGUGUGAAGUAAAAAGGUGGUCUAAGGCCAGCAAACAGUUUAUCAAUGUUUCUCAACCUAAAGUUAUCAAUGCAUAUAAUGCAAAAAAUGGGAGGCGUAGACUUAGCUGAU